CAGUCUGUAUCUGAUCUAACAAGAGGUAUGACUCUGGAAAGGAUGGUUACAUAGACUUAAUGGAGCUGAAACUGAUGAUGGAGAAGCUGGGAGCCCCUCAGACGCACCUGGGCUUGAAGAACAUGAUUAAAGAAGUGGAUGAAGACUUCGAUGGCAAGCUCAGCUUCCGUGAGUUCCUGCUAAUUUUCCAUAAGGCUGCAGCUGGAGAGCUUGAAGAAGACAGUGGGCUAUUGACACUGGCAAAACUCUCAGAGAUAGAUGUCUCAACAGAAGGAGUUAAAGGAGCCAAGAACUUCUUUGAAGCUAAGGUUCAGGCGCUCUCUUCAGCCAGUAAAUUUGAAGCAGAGAUAAAAGCAGAGCAGGAUGAGCGAAAGCGGGAAGAGGAGGAGAGGAAACACCGUCGAGCAGCAUUCAAAGAGUUAAAGUCUGCGUUCACCCAGUAACUAACCAUCCAUUCCACCACUGGAGAUUGCACAUAAUUUGGUACGUGUCCACAAAUUACACCUUUUGCCUGGAGAGAACCACCUGGAGACAGCAUAAAACUUGUUAGUUUCACCUUCCCUUCUCACUUGAAGCUUCUGUCAGAUUUCAAACGACACGGCUCUUGACUACCAUAUGUUCAUAAUAAUGUGAAUAAUAAGAGCUAUGUAUAUAUCCUUCAUUCUGAACUGUCAAGUAGCACUUGAGGGAAUUAAAACUAAUCUUAAUGCAAGAGCACCAAGUAGCAAAUCAUGGGUGAAGAUGGACUAACAUAAUAUCUUCCUUUAGUUCAUAAACAACAACACUGUCUCUUGGCUCCUCUUUCUUUAACUUCUAAAAGUCUUUACUCUAACUCCCUAUUAAUAUUAUGUCUUGUUUACAGGCCAUUAGAAAAGUCUCAAGUAAAUCAGGAUGUAUAAAGUAUAGAUUAAUUUCCUGUAUGUUUCUGCUAAUGUUGGGUGUCAGGCAUUGUCACACAUCCUUUACUUUUAUUCUUUUCUCCUGCAAAGUCUCAAGACGGGCUUUGUGGGAGCUCUGUGAAGAGGGAUGUGUAUAAAAUGAAUUGUAAGUCUAAUACUUUCUGCUGCCCAACAGCAUAUACUGAGGCUUCUAGCUUUUAGUAUAUGAAAUACCCUAAUAACUCUGUAGUAAGAAGCUGGACUUCCUCAUAGAUCAGGUAACCAUAGCCUUUGGCAGGAGGAAAAUGGCAACACCUUAAGUAAUAGAAAGUUGAGGGUCUGUUUUUUGUUUUGUUUUUUGACCAUACAUCUUCUGUCACAUUCCUUUUGUACUCAUCUACUCCAUGGCCUCACUAGAGGUCUUCCAGCUCUGGAACUCUUAAGAAGUAAGGAGAUAUAUUUGUCUCUAAGAAAUUGUCAUCUCAGCAAUACAGAUGGAUGGUGCCACUAGUCCUUCACUUCUAGAAAUCUGCUUCAGUUCUAAAGUCAUAAACAAAUUCAUAUAGUCACUACUAUAUAAAACCACUCUGGCACACUAAACAAUUUCUGCUCAGGAAGGGAAUAACUGAUAGGUUUCAAGUCAAGACAGAAGUGUAUUGGACAGAGUUGAGUCUAGAAAACUCGCAUUAUUCUUGACUCUAGCUGGUGGUGUAUUUCAUAAGUACAGGAAAGGCAUCCAUAAAUUUAAGAACACCAUGAGCUUUUUUAUAUAUACUGAAGGCCAUCAAGAAAGGGAAAGUUCUUCCUCUCAGCUCUUGCCCCAGUCUGUCUUCCUUCCAGAACAGCGCAUACCAGAUUGCUGCUCUGUAUCUUCACCUGCCUAUUUUGCUUCUUAAACUGUGAGCACUAAACUGUGAGCAUGGAAUAAUAAAUAGAAAAAUAUCUGAUCUUUAAUGUUGGGUGGGAGAACUGCUAAACAAUUAAACUGUGUAUAUAUCUCCACAGAUUAUAUUUUAUAAAUCACGCUUUUUUAGCUAAAUAUUUAUAAUGUUUUUAUACUUUAAAACAAAACAGAUAACUGCAUCUUUGAUUAUUUCUGCUGUUGCUAAAAUGUAUAAAUAAAGCCUUCUUUAUCCACA